AUGCAAUCCUUGUCUAUGGAGCUUUUUCAAUGUUCGUAUUCUCGCAAAGACAAGACAAGAAAAGCGUCCUUCGGCGCACCACCCGAUCAGCGCCCAAGUACACUCCUCAAUGCCUCUCCCAACCCAGGCACCCUGACCGACCUCGCCGCCCUCCUGCGUCUUCCCGCCUUACUCGUCAUCGCCCUGCCACCAGAUUAG